AAUGGGGACAGUGGUCUUCCUGGGGAGAAUGUUCUGAACUGUGUGGUGCUGGACUAAGAGAACGAGUAAGGACGUGUGCAUCACCAUUUGGUUGCAUAGGCAACUCUAAGGAUUUCAAAAUAUGCAUUAUUGAAUAUUGCGACGUUCGAUUGGUUGGAGGGUCAAAUCAAUAUGAAGGGAGACUGGAAGUAUGGCAUGAUGGAACUUGGGGAACAGUAUGCGAUGAUUAUUUUGAUGCGCAUGCAGCAAAGGUUGUUUGUAAGAUGCUUAAUUAUCCACAUACUAAUCCUAAGGUAUUCACGAAUGCUUACUUUGGCCGUGGAACAUUACCGACACUUUUAGACAAUGUCAAAUGUACGGGAUCUGAAACAAGCUUGUUUCAAUGUCCGCAUAAUGGUUGGGGAAUAGAAGAUUGCACUAACGGUGAAGAUGUUGGUAUAUUAUGUAAAUAAGCUGAAUUCAUUUUGAGACAACAAAAAAGGUACCUGGACCACUUUAUUCAAAUGUUGUUUACAAUAGGUUUGGAGACCCUUUUUCAUUAUCAAGACAUUUGUCUUCUCCGAUUUGAUAUUAUAAUUGAACAUUCCGAGCAAGUAUGGAAAAGAAUUGAAAACGAAAAUUUGAUAUUUCAUUUAAAGCUGUAGUAAACAUAGCAUGUUUUCUUCAAAUUCAUAUAAUACUUUCAUAAUGUAUGUAUAUAUUAAGUGUUACAGUGACGCUAAAAGCUGUUACGAUUUGUUAACAAGCACAACACAUACAAUAUGAACCUUCUCGGACCUUUACUAUUUACAUAUUUAGUACUGUUUUACCUAUAUGAAUAUUUUGAUGUUGUUCAAUCAAUCAAGUGUUUCGCGUGAUUCUGAAUGUCUUCUCCGAAUCAAUUUUGUUAUGUUUAUCACUGCUUGUCAUUAUUGAUUUUUUGGUUCUUAUUUUAUAGAUUAGUAUUGUAUCAUUUAACAUAAAAAUAAGAAAAUGUAGCAGGUUAAAAAAGAUGUCACAUUUCCUGUAAAUAAUACUGCAUAUUCAAAGUUCCUAAAAUAGCUCAAUGCAGUUUAACACAUUUUUAUCAAUUCUCCUUUAAUUAGCAUGUUAGAAUGGAAUUCAAUGAAGAUAUCAAUUUCCUUGCAUUAUAGCAUAAUCAUAAUCAUAAUAAUGCACGGUUUAUCGCUCAGAUACUCAGGCCUAUCGGUUUCAACACAAACCAUGCAUCACUCUACAACAAUGCACU